AUGAUAUGGUUGAGUGCACUAAUUUAUUUCAAUAUUCUGUUACAAAACUGUCAAUGUGAAGUACCACUGGUAGUAACAACUUGGGGAGCUGAUGGCUUUCAAUCUGCUACCAGAAAAGCAUUUUCGACACUAACAAAAACAUAUGAUAGGAUGAAAUCAUUAUUGAAUGGUUUAACAGAAUGUGAACAAUUACAAUGUGAUGGAAGUGUUGGGUAUGGUGGUUCACCAGAUGAAACAGGUGAAACUCGACUUGAUGCACUCAUUUAUGAUGGUUUGAAUCAUGAAAUGGGCGCUGUUGCUUCAUUACCAAAUAUCAAGGAUGCAGCACGUGUAGCUUAUGCAGUAAUGAAAUACACCAAGCAUUCAAUUUUGGUCGGUGAACAUGCAGCCAAUUUUGCUCUCGAAAUGGGCUUCAAAUAUGAAUCAUUGUAUACCAAUACUUCCUAUGCUGAGCAUCACAAAUGGAUCAAACAUAAUUGUCAGCCAAAUUACCGAAAAAAUGUAUCACCUGAUCCGACCAAAUCUUGUGGUCCAUAUAAACCUACCAAUGAUAAAGAUAAAUUAGCAUACUCUGAUGUGGCAAUCACUGAUCUACCAGAAAAGUUUAGUCAUAAAAAUGCUUAUCAUCGUAAUCAUGAUACUAUUGGUAUGAUUGUUGUUGAUUUUGAAAACAAUAUUUCUUCUGGUACAUCGACUAAUGGUGCUAAUCACAAAAUUCCCGGGCGGAUUGGUGAUUCACCAAUACCAGGUGCUGGUGCAUAUGCUGAUAAUGAUAUCGGUGGUGCGGUGAGUACCGGCGAUGGUGAUAUUAUGAUGAGAUUUGUUCCUAGCUUUCAAACAGUUCACCAUAUGCGUGAAGGUAAAAUGCCCGCAGAAGCUGCUGAAAUAACAAUUCGUGCAAUUUCUCGCAAAUAUCCGAAUUUUAUGGGUGCGAUUGUUGCAGUUGACAAAAAGGGUAACUUCGGUGCUGCAUGUCAUGGCAUGAAGUUUUUCAAAUUUUGCAUGCAAAAUCAGUAUUUGAAAAAAGUUAAAGUUAUACCUGUGAGAUGUAUAUAG